AUGUCCGACGCCGCGCACCCCCCGGUGCCCAAGGCCGCGCUCUACUACUACCCGUCGUCGAUCUGGUGUUCCGUCGCUCUCCUUGCAUUGGAGGAAAAGGGAUACGGCGCGGACGAAGUCGACCUCAAGGCGGUCGAUCUCGGCAAGGGCGAGAACUUUGCGCCCUCGUACCUGCGCAUCAACCCGAAGGCGACGGUCCCGACGCUCGUCGUGCCCCUCCAGAAGACGCUCUCCCCAGAGAUCGAGAGCCGCUACAAGGCGAUACAGGACACCAAGGCGAUCGUCGAGUUCCUGGACAAGUCGCGUUCGACGCAGUCGCGCACGCACACGACGUCGUCUGCGCCGUCGCCCGCGCUGAGCCCCGCGACGAUCGCGUUCAGCGCGGCGUCGAACAAGAUCGUGGACCUGCUGCACUCGGAGGCGGCGGACCCGGGGGCGCUGACGUACAUGAACGCGCGGGACGAGGGCGCGCUCAAGGUUCUCGCGCGGGCGCGGCUGCCGCUGCUGGCGGCGCGGCGGGACGCGCUGGAGCGGCUGCUCGAGGACAACGAGCAGGCGAAGAUCCGGGUGUCGGAGAAGACGCGGCACUUCUGGGAGGUGCGGAAGACCGCGACGGAGAAGACGUUGCAGGUGUACGCGGAUGCGGAGAAGGAGACGAGCGCACUGGAUGAGGCGGGGAAGGCGCGUCGGAAAGAGUUCUUUGAGUCGGCAAAGGCGGCCUGGAGAGGACUGAAGGAGGUGUUCGCGCUGUUGACGCAGGAGAUGAUUGGGCCGUACGUACUCGGGGACCAGCUGUCGAUCGCGGACCUGCACCUGGCAGCGUGGUUAGCGCGUCUGGCGGCGCUUAGCGGAGGGACAGUGUCUGAAGACGGGAACACGAUAGUCCGCAAGGUGGAAGAACACGUGGGAGGGGGGUUCAAGCUCCCGGUGGACUUUUUGGUUUCGGAGGCGCGUCGGCGAGCAGGGGUGGUUGUUUCGGAGACGGAGAGCACGGAGGAGCAGAGCCGGAUGGCGGCGUUCUGGGACGCGGUGCGAGAGCGGGGGAGUUUCAAGAAGGUGUACGGGGAGGGGCUGCACUGA